AUGACUUCUCCGGGAGGUCUGAAUCUCCCAAUAGUUUCGAACAACUUUGCCUGCAAUAAUUCCCCGAUGAAUGACUACACAAAGACUGGUGCGGGCUUGGCUGGCGGUAACGGAGCAGAUUCUGCUUUUGUGGAGGAACGAGAAGUUGCUAUACCCAACGCCACAGCUAUCUCAAACCCUAAUGAUUCGGAUGUGGGGGCUGAUAACAUGCCCAAAUCCAAAUCAGAGCAGUUCUCCUUAAAAGUUCCACAGCACCUAUAUGCGCAAGAAGUCAGUAAGGAAUUCUCUCAUGCUAUUAUUGGUCGUCUUUUCCUUCGUAAAGGAGACAAACCUCAACCUGCAUUGCUCCUCAAGGCAGAACUUCACAAAAUUUGGAAAUUAGAAUCUGAGUGGCAACUUAUUCCUCUUGGGAAAGGGUAUUAUACGCUGGUUUUCCGGACUCCUGAAGACAAAACUCGUGCUAAAGCCAAGCCGGUCUGGGAAUUAUCUUGUGGUCAUGUACGUCUUCGAGAAUGGUCCAAACACUUUGAUCCAUUUAAAGAGAAUUCUUCCAUGGCGAAUGUAUGGGUGAGGAUACAUUAUUUGCCAAUUGAGUAUUGGCAUCCUGAGAUUCUAGCCGGGAUUGGGCGGUACAUUGGUCAUCCUAUUAAAAUUGACGGAGCCUCGGCCCGUCGUGAUUUUGGGCAGUUCGCGCGCCUUCUUAUUGAGUUAGAUAUGUCCAAAUCCUUUCCUACUACUCUCUUAAUUGAUAACGAUUCUUUUUCGUUCUAUGUUGAAUUCACGUAUGAGAAUUUACCUUACUAUUGCUCAAAAUGUAAACUUACAGGACAUCCCAUCGAAAAGUGUCGGAAAAUCUCCGUUAAGAAGACGGUUGUGGAAGAGGAUGUUCAAGAUAGAAGUCAAAUGCCUUUGGUUAAAAAUGGGAAACAGUGGCAACCUAUCUCUGGUGAUGCUAGAGACGAGAGAUAA